CUUCUAUCAGAGACAACCUCUGUUUUUAUUCUCUACCUCUACGAUUUUGCAUUAUUUGCUACUUAAUUCUCAAGUUUUAUUCUUGAUUCCAUUGUAUUCAAUAUUAAACAGCUAUUAGUUACUAGUAACAUGUAAAUAUGGACAUGGACGUGAACGAUAUUCUCGAGGUUACAGUUACAAGUACUAGAUAUGUGAAGUUGAAGUGCUCAGUCAAAAAUUGCCCCAGUAGUCGCUUCCUUGGAAAUAAUAUGGGUAAGAGAUUUUUUUCUUUUCCUAGGCCAGAUGACACUAGAAGAGUUUUACAAUGGAAAUUAGCGUGCAGUGAUGAAAAAAUCAUGGAGAAAGAUCCAGCUUCCUUGAAUUUAAGUAAUAGGAUUUGCAGCGAUCAUUUCGAAAAGCGUUUUAUGACAACUCACAAAUUGAAUAAAACUGCAGCUCCCACUUUGAAUCUUUUUCUUAAACCAAGAUCCGUUGAUGUAGAAACACAAACAGAAAUUUCGGUUGAAACUCAGCUAAAGAAACAAAUGACACAUACUCAGACACAAACUACAAAAGAACUAUCUUUUAGAACACCGAGAGAGGAUAAGUUGAGGACUCUGUUGCAGAGCAAGACUAAGAUGAUAAGAAAACUAAAAAUGGAGAAGCAGCAUUUUGAGAAGUGUCUGGAAGCAAUAUGUUCCCAGGAAACAUAAUCGACGAACACAGAUUUUGUAAAAUGAAAUACUAAAUAAAAAUAAAUUUUACCUAUUUAUAA